AGUCCGAGGCGUGUGAACGUGAUUUUAGGCUUUUCGCUGGUUGGCUCUAUUCGAUUUCCUCGAUUCCGGCGCAGUGGGAAAAGUCCCCCUGCCCAAGGAAAACCAAACUAACAAAAAAAAAAAAACAGAAGCGGGACCCCAGAGGUCGCGGAAACUGCAUGCGAUUUGCAGUUGUGUUGAAAUAUGGACUUUACCACUAAUUUUCAUAGCCCUGCGAGUGUGUGUGAGCGUGCGAGUGUGAAAUCUGCGUGAAACAUUGCCAAAUCCUUUCGACAGAUUUCUAUUUGCACCUAUUUUGCAUUCGGCAUUCGGCAUUUGCCAUCGACGCGAGUGUCAAUCGAGUGAAAGUAAACAAUGGUGCGCACCCAAAUGGAUAGGCGAUCGCAGAUCACUAGACUAAUAACGAGCGGCGUCUUCUGGUAUUCGCUGGUGAUCGUUCUGGUGGCUCUACCCUUGGCCUCCGCCGGAUUUGGCUUUGACUCGGCCAAUUCGUGCAGCCCCAACGGAAAGAUGUCACGACGUGGCCGGGCCCAGAUGCUGGCUGCAAUACCUUGUGACCUGGGCCAGCAGGCCUUCUGCCACCUUCCCGGUUCCGCAUAUCCGUGGCACGCUGUCCGCCGAUUUGUCCACGAGAAUCAGGGCCUGAUGAAGCGUAUGUAUGGCGAUGUGAGGCACAUUUCCAUUCUGCGGGAUGAGAUUCAGAACAAUGAGGUAGAUGCGGACGACAUUGAAGAGGCAGCGGAACGGUACAGCAAGGAUGCAGGACGGCGGAGUGCCAAGUAUUUGAUGAAUGGCAGGGAUCGAGAUCGCGAUCGGGAAGAUUUCGGGAGCUUCAAGAACAACGAUGUCCUCAUGGAGCCACACUUUCGACCAGUUUCUACGAGUACAACAAGUACGACCAAGGCGACAACAACCACAGCUGCUCCCGAAGUAAUAAGUAGCACUACGGAUAAAACUCCUAGGGAGGUGACAGACUCCUCUGGAAACACCACUAUUGCAAGUACGGCAAGUGGAUCUACUACUGUUCCACCGCCACCUGAACAACUUGAAGUAGAGGCGGAAAUUGUGGAGAUCCAACCCAGCCCCGAGUCGAAUAGCGUCUACGAAGUGGUGUCCUCUUCCGCUCCAUCAACCACGACCAGAAAACCUUCUUCAGGGGGCGAAAACAUACAGAUCAUCGACUCACCGCAACUGGGAUUGCGUAAUCUUAGCGGAGAGGCUAAAGCAUCACAGGAACCACCCACUGUUACAACCUUAAAGCCCACAUCUCUGCCCAAGAGCUCAACAGCCUCACCCAACAGACGAAGAAAGCCUGUAGAGACAACCACCCCAGCAGCCGCUUCAAAAACCUCUAGCACCAUUCCGCCUCAAAGUUCAACAACAGCCACCUUGUUGAUCCGCCGCAAUGUAACCAAGUACUCACCAGCAUCGGUGACCACACCCGUCAGCUUUGCCUCGCUCUUCUCCGGCACCUCUAGUGGACUUUUCAGUCCGGAGAAGCUGCGCAGGCCCUUGACUACCAGUAGUACAAGUUCUCCAGUACCAGCUCCACUGCCAGGAGGAGCCUCAGCGGCAGCCACUGGCAGCGUCACCAAGUCUGGACUGUUGAGGGAGGGUCAACUUUUCCAAGACGCCAUGAAGCAAGAGCCCGUAGCCGUGGCCAGCAACUUGCGGGGAGUGAAUGCAUGUCCCGUCAAGGAUGAAGUGGUGGCCCCCUUUUGGGCAAACAACACCCGUGGUGAGGUCCUGGCUCUGCUUAACCUUUAUCCUUUCGAGCAGUACGUUCACUGGGAGAAGUGCACCCACGAGUUCAAGCAGAUGUUCUGCCGGGAUGGAUGCAGGUGCGAACAGCAGUACCGCCUACACCGAUUGCUGGCCUACGAUCCCCACAACGAGUGCCGUGGAAUCUUCUCCGACUGGUUCCGAUUUCCGUCCAGCUGCAUCUGCAAGUGCUAUAACAUACCAAUGGAGUUCCGAGCCACCUCGCGUAGUCCAAGAUCCGACAGUCGCUUCGAUGCUCCAAAAUCUGACCCCAUUGAGGCUGCGGAGGCGGAGGUCCAGAGAGCCAUCUACGAACAUGCUACGGACGAGUGGUACCGCCCACGCGAUGAGUUUGACUUUUUGGAGGGAUAAUCUUCCCGUUUACCCUCCUUCGAUCAAUUGUACAGUAGUUUUACAUUUUGUAGAUGUAGGCUUAUCUAUAUUUCUUUAAUCAGUCUUUUUAAGCUAUCAGUCUCGACGUUCUUCUAGUCUUCAACUAAACUUCUUUCGAAUAUCUACAAUCCGAUUUGAUAAAAAUCCACCUAAUUUUAUGAGUUACUUCUAUGUAAUCUUUAACUUUACGUUUAUUUUUAGAAGGGGGCAUUAUGUUAUUGUAAAUAUAGACCAACAUAAUGCCCGACUUAGGCGAAAACUUACAGAGCGAAUGUACCUUGAAAUACUUGCGAACUCAUCGCAGCCAUGGAGCUGCGUGCAAUGGUAUUUAGUAGAGUUAUUUAUUUAUUUAUUCAGACCUUAGUUGUAGGCGUAACCAUAAAAGUGGCCAUAACAUUAACCCCAAAUCUUUUCAUACCACACAUCCCAGAAAUAAAGCGCAUGAAGCGUUUUAGAAAAAUAUUUAUUGCAAAAAAUGUAUGCGAUCAUGUAUUUAGAAUGCUUACGUAUGUAUAAAAUAGAUUUUAUUGUAUUUAAUACGUUGAUAUAUAUUACGGUUUACUCUUUAAUUCAUAGAAGGGUACGUUUGAUAAAUUAGAUUUAUAAAUUGUAUUUAUGUGUAGAAAAGGGUUUCCUUUCUUAGAAACUUGAAGGCAUUUCAGGCACUUCAUUUCAGUUUAACCGUUUACCACUUAAGGCUAGUGAUAGCUUUUUUGUCAAUCACUCAUUUAAAUAAAAUUUCUAGUAUUGCUUAA